UAAAACCUACCUGUGAGUCAGAAGAGAGGGGAGGGCUGUGGGAUUGUUCCUUAGCUUUCAGCUCCAACAAAACGCAGUUAAUAGUAAUAACUACUUUAUGCGAGUAUAACCCAAACUCACAGGAAGAUACAUCUGUUUAAACAAUCAUUGUAAUGGCAACGAGUGUAGGACUGGCCAUGAAUCCGCCGCAUACGACAGACGAAAGGGCGGUUUUCACGCAGCUGAAGCCGGUGAGGAUGUCGGGAGCGGACGGCGCUGACGACACGUCCGUGUUUGAGGACGUCAAACCCGCGACUCAACUGGAGUUGGACAAAUAUCUCCCCCAGGUCAACAGUCCUCUUUUGAGUCUCUCGGCAGACACUGGUGACAAGAAAUACAGACGAGAGAGCGCCUCGGUGGUCGACGAGUACUUCUCGGAGGACAAACCUACAGCCCCUUACAGCCUCAACAUCAACGUCAUCCUUCCCAGCACCACUCACCUCCGCACAGGCCUCUACCGGCCCAACACCAAGACCCUCACGCCGCAGCAGAUCAAGACAGAACCCGGGCUGGAGGUCCCCUGCUCCAUCCCCACCACCCAGGCCCUUCCAGACUUCACCUCCGUCUUCAGUGUGCCGCCUGUCGUCAACAACGUUUUUAUCAAACCAGACAUGAGCUCUGGAGGAGUAGUGAGUGUGUCCACAGCACAGCAGCAGCAACAGCAGCAGCCACAUUUGGACACAGAGCUUCACAUCGGCCCUCCAGCCCCCCAGCAGCAGGUCUACCACAUGCCCAUCACCAGCUGUGCUGACCUCACCAUGACUCUGUCCCACACCAGUCCGUCUGCACACGGCUCCACCGCUACUAGGACCAUGCUGAACCUCGGCGGCAUUGCAUUGCCAACAUCCAAUGGCAACUACAUGAUGGCAGAGCACCACCUGCAGCAGCACCAUGGUUACUACCAAGCCUCUCCAGCCAACUCAUCGCAGCACACAGCGCCCCACAGUCUGCCGCCCUCACCCCCAAACUCUCAGCCAGGGAGCCCAGACGGUCAGGCAGAGCUGCUCAGCUUAGCGCCCCAACCUCCGCCUCCAUACCAGCAGCGUCUGGAUAGUAUAAAGGUGACAGGGUUGUCUCCACAUGCCUUGCUGAUGACACAUGGCCAGGGUGUCCUGACAGGUCCUAAAUACAACAGGCGGAACAACCCAGAGCUGGAGAAGAGGAGGAUCCACUUCUGUGACUACCCAGGCUGCACCAAAGUUUACACAAAGAGCUCUCAUCUGAAGGCACACCAAAGGACGCACACAGGUGAGAAGCCGUACCGCUGUACAUGGGAGAACUGCGACUGGCGUUUCGCCCGAUCGGAUGAGCUCACCAGACACUACCGGAAACACACCGGAGCCAAACCCUUCAAGUGUGUCGCCUGCAGCCGCUGCUUCUCGCGCUCCGACCACCUGGCCCUGCACAUGAAGCGCCACCAGAACUAACACUGACAUACCCGUAUACACAAAAGACACACACCAUUACACACAAAUAGAGCAGUAUCUUUACAUGACAGCCACCUUAACCAGAAACAGCGUUAUAGGAACCAUGAACUGAUACAGAACCAAAAUCAUCCCUGUGGUCCAUGCUAACACAAGUUGAGUGAUAGUAGGCAUCUUAAAAAUACCACCACAGACUCCUCAGCAGUGAAAGAUGGCAUCUUUGGCAUCUACGGCUUGGUGAGAGUUCCUGUUCAGUGGGAGGGUCAGAGGGAGCUUUGUGAUCUCCUGGUGAAACUCAUCCCUGGCAGGUGACAAAAGGAGGACUCUGGGUCUAUCAGAGGGGUCACCUGGUGGUUUACACCUCCUGUUCCCAACACUGGGUCAUGUAAAGGGAAAAUGCAAGAAAAAUGAAUGAGUUUCAUUUCUUAUGAAUAUAGGAAAAGUAGUUCCAGUUCCAGCGAACUUACUGAGAUAAUACUGAUUAUCUGCUAUCAGUCAGCAGAGUUUGCUGGUGGCUUAACACCAGAGCUAAUGAUCUACCAGGGACGCAGGGAUGAUUUUGGCAUCUGUCUUCAUCACUAAACAGAUAGUAUGUUGACAUAAAAACAUUCACCGGUACGACUCUUAUAAAACAUAUGAUACAUACGCAUUCACACACACACUUGACAUGCAUUACAUACUGCAAAUGUUGCAGUCACCAGAACUGUGGUGUCAGGCUCCUACGAACCAUUUGGGACUUCUGAUUACAUCCUGGAAACACUUUCUCCUACUGCCAACUUCAUCAUCGUCACAUUCUUUUAUUAUUUUGAGGUAUGAACUUUCAAGGGAGAGAUGCAAGCAUACUUCCCUCCGUCCUGCCUUUGUAAAUACUUGUUUAUAUAUAUAUAUAUGUGUGUGUGUGUGUGUGUGUGUGUCUGAGAAUACAACGAAUGUAUUGAGAUUUAUACUUGACUUUUUUUUUUUUUUUUUUUUUACAUCAGAUGUUAAUAUGGGUAAUAUUCCAUGUUGAAACUUCCUUGAGAUAUAAUCUCUCUUUAAGGGCCUAAAAAAAAGGGUUUUGUUUUUCUUUGUUUUUUUCAAGAAAAAGAGUAAACAAAGAAUCAAGAGACACAAUCAGAGAACUCUCCAUGGAAAAGUUAAUAAUCGCCUAGUUAUGCUUGUUUCAGCACAGGUACUACCUGUGGGGCUCAGAGAGCGGAGUGAUUUGCCAAUGUUUGUAUCCAUGACAUUACCCGUUGCCAUGGCGACCAAGCUUCUCUGACGACAGUUUGCGGUUUGCUUGCAGUUUCUAUUCAGCGCUGUUCUUUUCCUCCCUUCUUUUUUCAUCCUGUAUUUGUUCAAUACCUUAACUCGAGAAAGACAGAGAUGGGUGGAUAGACUUGAGAUUGUUUUAAUAUACAGUGCAAUUAUUGCAGAGUCAACCCUGCUAACUGGACGAACGGCAGUUUAACAUUCGCUGGAUUGCGUGGCAUUAACUGUCAGUUAUGGAUCCUGCAUUCUGUUGUUAUUUCGAAUACGUCUCGUCUGUCAACUCAAGGUUCAUCUUUAAUCAGCCGUGUAGCUUGUAUGUUUGCCAACGAAAGCAAUUACAAGAGGAAAAAAAUAUGUUGCACAGUUCGAUUCCUUGAACUGGAACAGUUUCCAAGGAACGAAAAAAAGAAUCAGCAAACCAGUGCAAAUAUGACACUUUUCUAAUUUGUCAGAAAACUGACUGAAAUUGAAAUGUCUUCCAGUGAAGCUAGCGAUCAAUACAAUUUAGUCUACAAAAAUCCUGAACCUCAGAAGCCGUGAAUGUUUGCGAACCAGUUGAUGAAUCAGUGCUUAUUUUUAGACUUCACUCCAGACUUUAAUGUCACAUCUAGAUGUUUUUUUAGUAGCUACGAUCAAAGAGCAUCAACUGUUUUAUUCAUCUUCAAACCUUUGACAAGGAUGUUUUAACUGUUCUCAAUUUAACACGAUUAUAAGCACACGAGGCCAUCAGCGAGACUAGAAACAUUACCGCUUUUGUCCACAGGGGCCGCCAGAAUCAACAAAACACUUCCUUGUAGCUGCUUCCUCAUUAUGAAGCAACUCGUGCAACUAGCCUGUAACCCGCUCACAGGUGCUUUUAUCAAUAACACUUGUGUCUUUGCCUUUUUAUAACCACAAACUUUACAAGCGGAUACUUAGACUUGGCAUUAUGUAACUGUAACAGGUUGGUGAGAAUAUUUAGGCGACACAGUUUUUAAGUCAGAUUGGUUGUUUUUUAUUGCAACUAAUCCUGUUUUUAUUGCGCACCACCCACCUGGUACUCCAUGGAAGUUAAAACAAGAGUAAAGCAUUGACUCAGGUCUGUCCGGCAUGUGUUCAUUUAGGGGAAACGCAUCCUGUUAUUUCAACACUACGAAUGUUUUUAUAUAGUUUCUUUCUUCCCAAGGAAACAAGUUCUCCUGUCUCUCUCAAGGAGGGAGCACUGACCACCCACUGUGUACAUAACUGUAGUUUUAGCCUAAACAGAAGACUCUGUAAAUAUUUGUUUGGUUUCAUUUCCUAUGAUAAUAUAAUUUUUUUUCUUUUUUUAACUAAUGGGAUUUAGAUCAGUUGUAUGUGAGCGCUUGUUUAAUUUUGUUUUGAUACGUAAUGUGUGUCAGUGAAUUUAUCAGUUUGUGUACAAAUUGAUAAGAACAGUGGUGUAUUUUUUGUUUUCUGUUUGUGCAAGAUGCUGCAAUGAAAUAAAAAAAGGAUUCGUAAAACAA